AAGCGCCUGAACCACAGCGACAGGUACAUGACCCCGCCCACGAGCAUAUACAACAUUUCCUUCACCUUGGAUCAUAACGCUCGAAUUCCCCAACCAUAACCAAUCCACGUUCCUUCCUGUUCAAAAAAAACCCUCCAUAUAUUCCUCCACGCCAGGGUACACUCUUGAACAAUGACCAUCAAGCAUAUUGUAUUGUUUCAAUUCAAAGCCGAUGCCAGCCCAGAAGCUAUACAGGAAGUCUGCUCCAGCAUGGUCGCAUUGAAGGAUAAGUGUCUGCAUCCCGAGUCCCAGGCGCCGUACAUCAAGUCCAUGUCUGGGGGCAAGGACAACUCGCCGGAGAAUCUCCAAAAUGGCAUCCAAUAUGCUUUUGUCGCUGAAUUCGAGAGAUCCGAGGACAGAGACUACUAUGUGGCAAAGGAUCCGGCGCAUCAGCUUUUUGUGAAGACUGCUGGGCAGAUAAUUGAGAAAGCGAUUGUCGUGGACUACACGAUUGGAGUUUUCUAGAGUGGGCAUUUUACGCAUACUGAGCAUAAUUUAUUGGUACACACAAGCUCUAUAAGUGCAUCCCAACUCCCAAGAUUCUCGCAAACGCCGCCCCGCUUCAAAGAAGACCGCUAGAUGGUGCGAAAGACGUGCUCAUCAUCGCGCAUACCUCGAUGGGCAUCGUCACUUGAGGCGUCUUGUAACUAGGCAUGUGUUCAUGGCGAUAUUGGAUGUUCAUUACAUAUCCCUCGACUGCCAAUGUGUUCAGGUCUGAUAUCGCCAUCCCAAUCCGGCGAUAAUUCCCAGCCUCGGCGUCUACCACUGCAAGAAGCACACAAUAAAAUGCAGGUUUUGCAAGGACGCCCAG